ACAUUCAGUUGCCGCGCAGCUGCCGUAUAGGAAGGGAGAGUAGGAAACAUUUUUCGCUCGCCAAACAAACGACACAAGAAAAGAACAUUUCCAAAUUCUUCACUGGGGGAAAGCAAUUUUUUUCUGUGUGUGUGCGUGUUAGUGUUCAAUAUUUAACACAGCGUUUGAGUUGCUUCUCAAAACUAUCAGCCAAAUUAGCAUAAAUCAUGUCGAUCUUUCGCAUUUCUGCAAGUAAAAUUGUCGAAGCACAGAAAGUUCCGGCUAUUGGAGCUUAUGUGCGUCAAAUAGCUUCUGAAACCCGCACCCUGCGCGAAGUGCUAGCUUGCAAAAUCCCAGAGGAGCAGGAGCGUAUUAAGGCAUUCAGGAAGCAGCAUGGUGGCACAAAGAUGGGUGAGACAACCAUCGAUAUGAUGUACGGUGGCAUGCGCGGCAUCAAGGCAUUGGUCACCGAGACCUCUGUGCUGGAUCCCGAUGAAGGUAUUCGGUUCCGUGGCCUAUCCAUUCCCGAAUGCCAGAAGGUGCUGCCCGCCGCUGAGGGCGGCAGCGAGCCACUGCCGGAGGGCCUAUUCUGGCUGCUGAUGACUGGCGAUGUGCCCAGCAAGGAACAGGUACAGCAAUUGUCCUGCGAAUGGGCCGAUCGCGCCGCACUGCCCCAGCAUGUGGUUAACCUGCUGAACUGUAUGCCCACCACACUGCAUCCGAUGUCCCAGCUGUCGGCUGCCGUUGUUGCCCUCAAUCAUGACAGCAAAUUCGCCAAGGCCUACUCUGAGGGUGUGCACAAGACCAAGUACUGGGAAUAUGCGUAUGAGGACAGCAUGGAUUUGAUUGCUAAACUGCCAGUGGUUGCUGCCACAAUUUAUUGCAAUACCUAUCGCGAAGGCAAGGGCUCCCGUUCGAUUGACUCGAGCCUGGAUUGGUCGGCAAAUUUUGUGAAAAUGCUCGGAUAUGAUUCUCCCGAAUUCACAGAGCUCAUGCGUCUCUAUCUAACCAUUCACAGUGAUCACGAGGGUGGCAAUGUGUCCGCUCAUACUGUACAUUUGGUAGGCUCAGCUCUCAGCGAUCCCUAUCUGUCUUUUGCUGCCGGCAUGAAUGGUUUAGCUGGUCCUCUGCACGGCUUGGCCAACCAAGAGGUGCUUGUUUGGCUGCGUAAACUGCAAAAGGAGGCUGGCAACAAUCCGUCGGAGGAUCAGCUGAAGGAUUACAUCUGGAAGACUCUGAAAUCCGGACAGGUUGUCCCUGGCUAUGGUCACGCUGUGCUACGCAAGACCGAUCCUCGUUAUACCUGCCAACGUGAGUUUGCCCUUAAGCAUCUGCCCGAUGACGAGCUGUUCCAGCUGGUAUCAAAAAUUUACACCGUGGUGCCGCCAAUUCUAACUGAACUUGGCAAGGUGAAGAACCCCUGGCCCAAUGUUGAUGCCCAUUCGGGUGUUCUGCUGCAAUAUUAUGGCAUGAACGAGAUGAACUACUACACUGUGCUGUUCGGUGUCUCCCGUGCUCUCGGCGUGCUCGCCUCCCUUGUUUGGGAUCGUGCUCUUGGCCUGCCCAUCGAGCGCCCCAAAUCCUUGUCCACCGACGCGCUCAUUAAAAUGGUGAAGAAGUAAGCCUAACACAGCGAUUCAAGGAUGGACAGACUGCAUUUUCUAAUGCAGCCAAAAGUGGCAGGGAGGAUGGGAGCAAGUUCUAAAAAUGUAGCAAGCAACGGAUAAGAACACAAAAAAGAAACAACAACAACAAAAAAUAUUAAUAAUAAAAAAAAAAAAAAACAAAAGAAACCAAUUAGAAACGAGAAGCUGAAUAUGUAGCAAGAGUAGCAGAGAGAAUUAGAGAGACGACGGGAUGGAAUAUUGACCGAUAAAUCACGAAUAUAUAGGUACAUAUAUAUACGUAAUGUAUAUAUAUAUAUUUAUAUAUAUAUAUAACGGACACGACAAUGUUGAUAUUGCGCUAGUUUAGCCAAGUAGACCGAGCGUAGUAGAGAAACUGAAAAUUGAACACAACCAAAUAGGAAAUCACAAGCAAAAUAACAAAAACUGCAACCACAAAACAAUAAGUUGGAAAUAAGGCAAAUUGAUAUAUAUAAAUAUAUAUUUAGUAGUUUAGCUAAAUAAUAAAUAAAUCAUUUAAUGAACAGCAAUAGCAAAAAUGAAAUCACUUAAAUAUUAUAUGUGUAAGCGCUAUUUAUACCAUAUUAAGUUAUAUAAACGGGAGACAACUGUUGUUUGGCACAUCAAAAACAAUAACGCUAUUAUGUUCAGCAUUUUUUCCCAAUUAUAUCGUGUCCUCUUCAAUAUGCACAACACAUAUGCCCUACCCUUGACAACUGACAACUGCUUAACUACACUUUUAGCCAAUAUUAUUUUGGAGGCGUUUGAUACAUUGACUUUACUUACCAAAUUAUCCAUGCCCCCCCCCUCCGCCUAAUAUAUAUCAACUAACUUGAUAAACAAAUUUACUUUUAAUUUACCCUUUAACUUUAUAGUUUUUUUUUUUCAUUUUACGUUUAUUUUAAAACAAUGGAAACAUGUUGUUAUUUUAUGUAAUUUAUUGCAAACCAGUAAAUAUAAUAACGAAAAAUAAAAUACAUAGAAACAAGUGGAACGAAAAACCUCUAAAAAAAAAAA